UUCGAUACCAAAUAUCUGACGAAUAGAUAUGGGAUGUCAUUUGCAUCAUUUGUUGGUGUAAAGCACCACGACCAGUCAAAUCUUUUGAGAGCAGGAUUGAUAUCCAGUGAGGAUACGGCAACGUUUGUGUGGUUAUUCAAGAUUUGGUUACAAUGUAUGGAUGGUAUAACUCCUAGAGCUAUUAUCAUAAAUCAGGACUGAGCAAUGAAGAAUAUUAUUGCUAUUGUCUUCCCAAAAAGUCGACAUCGAUUUUGUUUAUGGCAUAUACUGAAAAAAGUCCCUAAAAAGCUUUCCUCCUAUUUUGCCUAUAAAAGUGGAAUGAAGAGUGCCUUGAUAAAAUGUGUGUAUGAUACCCAAAAUGUUGAAGAGUUUGAAAGCUCUUGGGAGCAGUUAAUCACCACUUACAACUUGGAAGAGAAUGCUUAGCUGCAAAGUUUAUACACUGAGCAUAAGCAUUGGGUAUCGGCAUUCUUGAAAGAUUCAUUUUGGGCGGGGAUGAGUACAACGUAGUGGAGCGAGAGCAUGAAUGCUUUUUUCUAUGGUUAUGUUCACGCUAAGACAAACUUGAAAGAGUUUGUCGACCAGUUUGACAACACAUUGAAGAAGAAAACUGAGAAUGAAAAUAGCUCUGACUUUCACUAAUUCAGCGUCACUAUUCCCUGCAAAUCUAGAUCUCCGAUCGAAAAGAAGUUUCAAGAAUUAUACACGAAUACAAAAUUCAAGAAAGUUCAGCGAGAACUUCAAUGUCUUAUUGAUUUGGCUCCAGAGUUACUUAAGAGAGAUGGUGCAGUAAAGACGUAUCUUGUAGAGGAUGAAGUUCAUGUGGAAGACUUCACUAAGUUAGUUACAUAUUCAGUGGACUUUUGUGAUGUGGAUACAGCUGCAAAGUGUUCAUGUGGGCUAUUUCAGAUGAGGGGUAUAUUGUGCAGGUAUAUUUUGGCUGUAUUUAAAUGUAAUGGUAUAAAAUUUUUGCCAAAUCAGUAUAUUUUAGACAGAUGGAGGAAGGACAUUAAGAGGAGGUACACGUUAAUCGACAGCAACUAUGACGCAGGGGUUCAGCGAGUAGAUGCUAACAGAUAUUCUACUCUAUUGAAUAUCUGUUAUAAGAUAAUUACUCACGCAGCGAGUUCAAAAAAACAUACUGAGGAUGCAACACAGAAGUUGCAUGCAAUGAUUGAGUUAUAUAGUGAGAACCAAGAACCUCCAUCUAGAACAUGCACGGGUUCCAAUGUUAUAAGUACGUUGCCAGAGAAUCCUACAUGUGCGGGCUCACAGAAAGUACUCAGUCCGCUAGUAGUAAGAGGGAAAGGCAAGCCACCAUCUCUGAGGAGAGCAUCGACAAUGGAAAAAGAGGUGAGGAAAGUUAAAGCGAAGGCGAAGAAAGCACCAGUCAAGGGAAAAUGUAAACAGAGAGAUGGAGGAGAUACACCAUUGCCGAACACGUGCAGGAAUUUAUUUGGCCCGUCAGAGGAAGAUAUAUCCAAUGUUGGAUUGAUGCAGCCUAUUGAAGAUAGUCCAGUUGUUGACAUUAGUGGAACCCAGCGCCAAGAAUCAAUGAUCGGGAGUCAAGAAAGCAUGCUAUUUGGGUUGGAUGGAUCACAACCGGUUGCGGUAGAUGGAUCACAACCGGCGAACCUCAAUGACUUUUAA